AAUUAGGCCCAAAAUAUACCCCUCUUGUUGGAAUAACUAAACUCAGUCAAUAACUUCUAUACUAAAAUCUGCAAGUAAUAUCGAAACAGAAGAACCUCUCUUACAAACAAAUCUCAUCUUUUCUCCUUUCUUCCACCUUGAUGGAGGGUAAGCUUGCUGAAGAACUUUAUGGUGAAAGUUUACAAUUCUCUAAAUUAGAAUUAAGUUCGAAUCACGCCGAUGAUGAUCACGGACAUAAAUUAAAAGAUUGUGAUGGUGAUAAUUUGAACCUUGAUGAUUCUUUGUGGGGUGAUUCUGAUGAUGACAAGGUGAAUAAGUCAUCAGAUUUGGACAGGGAGUGGCAGAGGAGGCGCGACCAGUUUCAUACGAUUGGUUAUCGAGAAGGUCUUAUAGCAGCUAAGGAAGCUUCUGCACAAGAGGGAUUCAAUAUCGGUUUUAAACAGUCUGUCCAUGCUGGUUAUAACUGGGGUGUUGUAAGAGGAGUAGCCAGUGCUUUUGCUCAUCUUCCAAAUCAGUUAAAAGAGAAAUUGGUUGAAUCACUAGAAAAGAGAAAUCAAUUCCAAGAGCUGUAUGAAUCAGUGCAAUCUUUGUCAACAACAGAUUCCCUUAGGUUGUUUCAUGAAGACUUCAAAGCACAAGAAGCUAUGGAACAAAAUGAACACACAGAUGUUAUCAGCCAAACAGUAAGUUUGCAAGAGCCAAUUCCACAUAACACUCCUUUGACAAAAUAUCGUGCACAGCUUGAAUCUCUGAUUUGCGAUACUCCUUCCAUUGACAGUCAUUUACCUGAACCGAAAUAAGUGGCGAUACCCUGUAUUCUAUGUAAAAUACUUUAGCCUAGAAUGGGAAGGGCUUCUUGUGGAAACUAUCUUGAGUAUCUUCCAUUUGCAUGAUUGUAAAAACUUAUAGGUUGUGUAAUUCAGUUCCAUCUAUAAACUCUGUUUUUGGUAAUGAAAGCCAUGUUUUUUUUUAUACAAACAAGUGUUUUUUUA